AGCGAGUCAUAUUGAAAUAUAUACGCAGAGCACGUGAAGGCAACACAACAUGGACACAAACUUUGGUGUGACAGUCGGCGAGGGAGGAGAUAACCACUCUGGGAUGGCGACGGUCACUUGUCUGGCCUAAAAGGCGUGGGGCAGUAGUCGGUGUGGGGAAAACUCUGGCUGUCCAGGAGGGUUUGAGCCGCCAUGGGGACGCGGCUGUCUCGCAGCGGCAGCAGCCUGUCACUCCUGCCGGACAGGCAGCGCUCUGAGCGGCGGGAAGAGGACAGAGACUCCGAUAACGAGUCUUUGGACGGGCUCGGCAGACGGGAGGACAUAGCAGAGUUCCCGUACGUGGAGUUCACGGGCAGGGAUAGUAUAACGUGUGCAACAUGCCAAGGCACCGGGCGAAUCCCCUCAGAUCAACUGAAUGAACUGGUUGCAUUGAUCCCAUACAAUGACCAAAGGCUGCAGCCCCAAAGAACGAAGCUGUAUGUGGUCCUGUCUGUUGUGUUGUGUCUCCUGGCUUCUUCGCUCGUGGCCUUCUUCCUCUUCCCUCGUGCCGUGAUCGUGGUGGACGAUGGGAUACACACAGUCACUGUGCUCUUCGAUCACACCAAUAUGAAGGUCCAUAUGAACAUGACGAGCACUCUGAACCUCACCAACCCAAACUUCUUCUCGGUGCUGGUGCAGAGCUUGAGCUGCCAGGUCCUCUACAUGAAGACGGUGGUCGGGACUCAGCUGCUGAACAAUGCCACCACCAUCCAGCCGCUCAGUGAGAAACAGGUCAACUACACUGUGGGUGUGGAGAUUGGUAGCAGCGCUCCCUACGUCUAUGCCUUCUGCACCAUGCCCAGCAUCAAGGUCCACAACAUCGUUGUGUAUGUGCAAACCUCAGUGAAAACCUCGUACAUGGUGCGAACAUCCCAGAACAGCCUCGAGGCCUAUCGCUACAUAGACUGUGGUUCUAACACCACGUACCAUCAGAGAGCCAAGAACCUUUUCCUCAGCGCUCCUCUGCUGUGAGUGGACCACUCCUGGAAGGAGGAGGAGGCCAGCACACGCUCCAGGAUGGAUUUCUCCCUCCUAUGCAGACAAAACCACCAGCAGCAACACACCAAGUGGUGCUUUGGCAGAGUACCUAACGUUAAAUAGCAGAUGAAGUUAAUUUCCUGGAAGACAUGGGGUGUUGAAAGCGUGGCCGCUUUUUUUUUUUAAUCUGCACAUUGAUUUUCCUUGGACAGGCAGGAGGCAACAGAUUUGUUGUGGAUGUCUCUUGCCACAGCUGCCACGUGUGGUUUUUACUUGCAUUGGUGGGACUUAAGAUUGUCUAGAAUAUCUCAGUUUAAAAAGAAAGUCUUGCUAUGUGACAAACUGGACGAGUCAUUGCCAACCAGCGCUCUGUGGCCUGUGUUGGAAGCAGGACAAGAGGCAGAGAAAGCUCUUUUCUUAAAGGGGAACAUUCCCAGCUGACAAUGAAAGUGCCACCGGUGGCAUUUUUGCCAUAGCUUUAAUUAGUGCUGCAGAGCUCUGUCUGUGUCUGCUGCUGCGACAUAAGGAGAGCAUUCUUCAGCAGAGCUUGAAUGACCUUUUGGUAUCGAAACACUGUGUUGACUGAAAGCUACUGAGUAGAACAGAGGGAGGGAUCAUUUAAAAUGUUUUUGCACCUUUUGAAACUGGAAUAUAUUCUAUCGCUUUACUCUGGGUUAUUUAACUGUUUCUAAAGUCUAGAAAACAUUUAACAUAUCACACGUGUUUUUAAACUAAUCAAUAAGUUAUUUCUGUUACAUCGUUUACACACACAGUAAUUUUUUAAAAUUUAGAUUCAGGGUAUGUCCUAUUUACUAAUCGCGUUAACAAAUCUAUAGUAUUAUGGUUAAGGAGUUCUUAAUCGUCACCUCUGUGGCUUAUCAACCUCUAAAUGUCUCUGUGGAGCAUUUCAGUAAAUAACCGCUGAGUGCAACCUUACUUACAUCAGCAAGUAUCCUCAAAUGACAAUAAAAAUAUGAAAAUAUCUGGUUUGACUGACGUGAGGUAACACUCAAAUCCGGAAACAAAGUGACUGAAAGCAAUAGUGUUUUUUUUUUUUAAAGGGACAGUUUGUAAA